CCUGAUGCUGAAGGAUGUGGUUACAUUUCCACCUCUUUUCAUCUUAAGCGCUGGAUUACGCUGCAAGGACAUUGCUUCCACCUCAGCCCGCACAUUGAUAAAAGACAAAGAAACCAUGGGAAGAGGAUAAGAACUCCAGUUACAGUGAAGAUGCAGCACACCUCAUGCACGGAGGACCGGAUCCAGCACGCUCUGGAGAGAUGCCUGGACGGACUCGCCAUCAGAAUACCUCACACAUCCUGGAGUGCUGGCUGGUGUAUGAACCGCUGGAGUCUAGAAGAGCUCGUUAAGAGGGACCCAGAAAAUUUUCUAAUUCUGCUGCAGCAAAUUCUCAGAAAAACAAGAGAGGUUCAGCAGCAGUGUCAUUAUGAGCUUGUGGCCCCCUUGGCUCUCAUGUUUGAGUCCACACUCCUGCAGAUGCCUCUUUGCCCGUCUGAUGGAGAGAUUCUGACAGAGGCUUGUGAGGUGUUCCAUGACUUCCUAGCAUGGCCUGAACCUUACUAUAGUGUGUGUCGUAACCUGCUCUCCACCUUACAUCAAGAGCUUAGAGCUCCAGGGAUUUCAUACCACAGGCUGGUAAGAGAGGAACAAGGCCUUGCCACCUCCAGUCAGCGUUCUAAGAUCAUUACGGUGUUGUUGAUGAACCCGGCUGAGGUGCCUGCUGAGUUCCUGUCUGUGGCGGAGCAGCUCAGUGGAGCAGAGGUCUCGCAGAGAGAGAGCAGCAUUACACUCAUUAAACACAGCUACCAGGCAGUGCUCGGAACUAAAUACCCACUACAGACCAUCAGCGGUGCUCUACAGUGCCUGAGUGAUGAUGAGUUGGCACAGAUCCUGUCCUCAGUGAGUGACCAUCUAGAGUCUGCAGCGGCCAUGACGGAUAUAGUUAAAGCUCGAGAACAUGUGAGAGGUGGUCUGGAGGCGCUGCGAGAAAAACUUGCCAUACCAGUCUCCAGCGGCACGACUUCAGAUGGGGUUCUACAGACGCUCGGCCUUCCAGCAGCCAAGUGCUACACCUUCCAUUGGGACAAGGAUAAUUUUGAUGUUCUAAACAACCUUCUAGACAUGGAGUCUGAAUUGAGCUUAUCUCAAACAUCUGAGGUCAUGGAGGAGGAUGAUGUUGACAACGUGGAUGUGGAAGACGAUGAAUAUGAGGACUUGGAGGAAGGUUUUGUAUCAAACGGUUGCACUGACUAUAGGGCCUCAACCUUCUCUACCGUUUCUUCCCUUUCCACGGCCUCCAAAGACUCCAUGUUCUCCACUCUCUCAGUCGCUUCCUCCGAAUGUUCUCCCCUUUCCACACUCUCAUCCUCAUCUCAAGCUUCAGGCACUGACAGUGACUUCUGUGAGGAUGCAGAAGAAGACAGCCUGACAGCAUCCGUGCCCAAGUCCAAAACCAGCGCACGACUUUCCAAGCGCCUCUCACGACUAUUCAAACCUCGCAGCAACUCUCUGUGUCGAGCUAAAAGCCUGGGCAGCCCUGAGGCCAAAGAAUUAGUUAUAGCUGUCCGCUCUAAGAGAUCCAAUUCUCUUCCACAGCAAGUACGUCUGCGGAGCUCUGAGUUAGGGUUCCCAGCUCCCCCUCUCUCACAGCUGCAGUAUGUUUGCUAUAGAAGGAGACCCAUUCUGAGUACCGAUGAUGUAGAAGGGCCUCCAGGGUCCACAAUGCUCAGAGUGGUGGUGUUCGGGGCAGAUCAUGUGGCAGGGAGACUCGCCCGUGCUUAUGGCAGCCUGAGAACAAAAGAAAGAGACUGUCCACACUUGACCAAAGCUUUCAGGAUGAAGUUUUUCUUUGUGCCUGUAAGGAGGGAUACUAGUCCAGCCAACAUCUCCAGGAGGAACUCUGGUUCUUCUCUGCAGCUGUCAGCGAGUCCACUGAAACCAGCCGUCUCUAGCACUGAUCUCAGUAUGAAUGGAACAGAGGACAGCACUAAUGAUAUAGCCAAUCUUCUGGGAAUGCUGGAUCCAUGGUAUGAGCGUAACACACUGAGUCUGCUGGAGCUUCCCGUUAAUGUGGUGUGCCAGCAGACAUCCAAGAUCGAGUCAGAGAUGUCUGAGGGGCCUGGUGAGACUUUACCGAUAUUUGCUGACCUGGUGCUCUAUUAUUGCCGUCAUGCCGCUCGCCCUGCCCUCAUUCAGCUCUAUCAAGCAGAGUUGACACUAGCUGGAGGCGAGAGACGGACUGAGGUGUUUGUUCACUCUCUGGAGCUCGGACACACAGCUGGUACAAGAGCCAUCAAGGCCAUGGGUGCUGCAAGUAAAAGAUUUGGCAUUGAUGGAGAUCGAGAGGCUGUUCCUUUAUCGCUUGAAGUUACUUAUAAUCGAAUACAUAUCAGUGGCAGAAGUCAGAAGACAAGGGCAGAGAAGUCCUGCACCUCUAUAAACCUGCAAAAAGCCUGCAGAAAUGUUGAGGAACUAGAUUCUAAAAUGGAGUGCCUUCAUUUGACAAUGACAGAAGUGCUGAAGAGACAAAACUCUAAAUCAAAGAAAGGCUACAAUCAGCAACUGACCACCACACAGGUAAAGGUGGAUAAGGUUCAGGUUAGUGGAACUUGCAACACCACCUUCGCCGUUUGUCUGGACCAAGACGAGAAGAAGAUUUUACAGAGUGUGGCCAGGUGUGAGGUAUCAGUUUGUUAUAAAUCAGAUAGUUCAGCUGAUUGGACGAAAGGAAGGGUGUGUUCGUCCCAGAUGCAGCCUCUGCAGCCAACCUUCUGCUCUCUGCUUUGUCUCCCUGUUGCCACUUUCAGUGGACCUCAGCCUUGAACCCACAGACUAGGCUAUGUAGUUUUCCUCUCCUAAUUCUGCAUAUCGACUCUUUUAAAAAAGCUAAGAUACAAUUUCAGGCAAAAGUGCUCUUUUAUUAAGUACAGCGAGUGUUGUUUGCUUGACAUUUAUGAGAUGAGGAUAACUUGUUUUUCAGCCUGAGGUACAUCCUUCUGAAUAUAAUUCAGUGGACAAGCUGAGACAGAAUUUAAGGACUUAUGACUAGCAUCUGAAUUAGGUUAUGAAGCAAAACCUGAGUCAUCCAUAAUGAAGGUUUGGUACUUUGAAAGGGAUGUAUUUACUAGAAUGAAACUGGGCCUGUCCUGGUCCUUAUAAAACCAGCGUGGAUGAACACUCUUGUUAAUGCACAUAUUAACCACCUUUUAAAUAAACACUGUGGACACUGUAAUAAUAUGUUUGUAUAUAUGACAAAAUUAUUUUAUGUAGCUAUAAUCAAAAUUCUCAGGAAAAAUUUCUAUAUUCCUUUACAGUCUUUCUUUUUUUUAUUUUUAUUUAAACUAAUAUCUGUCUGGACAGAGAACUUGCGACAGCGGUGCCUCAGAUUUUAGUCGUUAAAAAUCUAAUCUAUUCUGUGAUUAUUUCUGUAUAUGUUUGUAUAUAUUCUCUGCCUGAUUAUUUUUGCUGUACUGUGUUUUAAAAUCCGAAACCUGUCAGUUUUGAAUACCUCUCGUUGUAGUUUGCUGUGUUUCCCAGCAGAGGUCCUUGUAAACCAUGUGUUGAGUUGAUCUUGUGGUCUCUGGAGGCUGUGCAGUGGUGGAUAAAUACCGGCAUCACUGGCAGUAAAAAACCUAAACGGUUCAAUCAGUGCACUGUAAACCUGGCACAGUUUGUAAGGGAAACAAACUGAAUUCUUUCUUUCUAAAUUAAAUAUGUGUAUAUUGGUUCUCUAACAUGAUCAGAAUAACUGUCAAAACAUUUAUUUCGUCUCUGAUUCUUUUUGAAUCACUUUGUAUAUGUGUUAGGAGUGGAGUACAGUGUACAUAUGUAUGAUUUUAAUAAAAAAGAAAAAAAUUGAGCAGA